AUGAAAAUAUUUAUACACUGUAUUCUAUUGCUAGUGAUGUUAACAAUAUCAUAUAGAACAUGUGUUUCUGCAGAAAAUAAAAUUCUAUCAAUAUCUGAUGGACUUUCAUUUGGCUUUUGUCGUAGUUAUUGUCGUCGAUCAAUAAAUAUAACAUCAAGUCCAAAUCAAUUAGUUGCUUUAAAAGAACCAAAUUUUCCUCAAGACACCUAUCCACCUAUGGAAAAAAUCUUUCCCUUUUCUUUAAAUGAAUGGACAGAAUUAAUCCAAUUAAUUGAUACUGAAAGUUUUCUAUCAUUAGAUGAUCGUAUUGGAUGUCCUGAUUGUGCAGAUGGAGGAGCUGAAUGGAUUGAAAUACACUGGACGGGCAAAACUAAACGAGUUACAUUUGAAAAUGGAGCUUUAAUAAAAGGUUUUGAAGGACUUGUUAUUCAAUUAAGAGAUAUCAGAAAUAAAUAUACUGAAAAUCUUUAA